UGGUAGUGUGGGGGAGGAGACUGAUUUAAAUGUUGCAUGUGAUACACAUGCACAGACGGGAGACUGUGCGACGCCGCUGCCCUCAGCUCCUGGAUCGUCACUCUGGACUUGUUCAGAGCUCAUAAGAGGGUGAACAAAGCUGGAACAUGCAAAGCGUCAAGUGUGUGGUGGUAGGGGAUGGCGCUGUGGGAAAGACCUGCCUUCUAAUUUCUUAUACCACAAAUGCCUUCCCUAAAGAAUACGUCCCUACAGUAUUUGACAACUACAGUUCCCAGACCACAGUGGACUCCAAACCCAUCAACCUUAACCUGUGGGACACUGCAGGCCAGGAGGCAUAUGACCGCCUUCGCACCAUAUCUUACCCCCAAACCAAUGUCUUCAUUAUCUGCUUCUCCAUCUCCAGUCCAACGUCUUAUGAGAACGUCAAGCUGAAGUGGCACCCUGAGGUGUCCCAGCACUGCCCCAAUGUGCCCAUCCUCUUGGUGGGCACCAAGAAGGACCAUAGAAAAGAUCCGGAAAUUUUGAACAAACUGAAGGAGCAGAACCUGGUUCCUGUCACCCAGCAGCAGGGAGAGGCCAUGGCUCGGCAAAUCAGAGCUGUCAAGUACCUCGAGUGCUCAGCUCUUGACCAGGAUGGGGUGGCAGACAUAUUCGUGGAGGCGGUGCGGGCCCACCUGAACCCCAAACCCAUGGCUCCAAAAAAAUUUUGUCAACUUUUAUGAUGUUUAUCAGAAAUUGGAAUUUUUUUAUUUAUUUCUCAGAUAGAAGUGUUUGGGUUUUUGGGGGGUUUUUUUGUUUGUUUGUUUUGUUUGUUUUCUGUACCGGAUGGCAUGAGAAUUCAAAGUUCUAAAUGAUCUUUUUUUCAGGACGCAGUGACUAAAGCUACUUUCCUUUCGCACUGCUUUAUUUCUACCAUUUCACUGCUGUACCACACCUUUUACAUUUAGAAUAAAUACGAAAAAGGAAAUUG